GAAGAAGAGUACCAAAAAUUAUCUUAUUAUAGUGUAAAGUCGCCUUUUAACUCUGGGGGGAUUUUCUUUGAGUAUCUAGUAACAUUUUAAUCGAGAUCAAUUCAGAGUCAGUCGAGGUUCAUCAGUGAAGAUCAGACUGAUGUGACUGAAUGAUUCAUGGAUGAUUCACAAACAGAUGGAGAUGGAGAUUAUUCUCCAGGAUUCAGAUCAGUUCAUCAGAAGAGAUCAGACUCACCUGAGAUCAGUGGUGUGUCUACGAAGAGUGAUGCGUCUAUGAUUAAACCACUGAAAUUUAAACACACAUCACCUGAUCAGAGUCAUUAUUGCCCGCUUCCUGAAGUCCUCAACACAUUCAGAUCAAACCUGAGGAAGAAGUUUGAGUGUUUGUGUGAAGGAACAUCAGAUGAGAGAAACCCAACACUGCUGAAUGAGAUCUACACAGAGCUCUACAUCACAGAGAGUGAAAGUGGAGAGAUCAGUAAUGAACAUGAGGUGAGACAGAUUGAGACACAAUCCAGGAGAACAGCGACAGAGGACACACCAAUCAAAUGCAACGACAUCUUUAAAGCUUUACCUGCACAAGACAAACCCAUCAGAAGUGUGCUGACAAAGGGAGUCGCUGGCAUUGGAAAAACAGUCUCUGUGCAGAAGUUCAUUCUGGACUGGGCUGAAGGGAAAGAGAAUCAGGACGUCCAGCUCAUAUUUCCACUUCCUUUCAGAGAGAUCAAUCUGAUGAAGAACCAAACACUCAGUCUUUUACAUCUUCUUCAUCUUUUCUUCCCAGAGACAAAAGAAAUGGAAAUCUCCAGCGGUGAAUAUAAAGUGUUGUUCAUCUUUGAUGGUUUGGAUGAGUGUCGUGUCUCUCUAGAUUUUCACAGCAGUGUGAGGUUGUGUGAUGUCAGUGAAUCAGCCUCAGUGGACGUGAUGCUGACAAACCUCAUGAAGGGGAAUCUGCUUCCCUCUGCUCUCAUCUGGAUCACCUCCAGACCAGCAGCAGCUGAUCUCAUCCCCUCUGAGUGUGUUGAUCGAGUCACAGAGGUACGAGGCUUCACUGACAAACAGAAGGAGGAAUACUUCAGCAAGAGAAUCAGUGAUGAGAGUCUGAACAACAGAAUCAUCUCACACCUGAAGUCAUCCAGGAGCCUCUACAUCAUGUGUCACAUCCCAGUGUUCUGCUGGAUUUCAGCCACUGUUCUAGAGAGAAUGUUGAGUGAAGCAGAGAGUGAAGGAGAGAUCCCCAAGACUCUCACUCAAAUGUACACACACUUCCUGAUCAUUCAGACAAACAUCAAACAUCAGAAGGACUAUGAGAAGAAAGUGAAGAAUGAUGAAGACAUGAUCUUCAAACUGGCCAAACUGUCUUUUGAGCAGCUUGUGAAAGGGAACCUGAUCUUCUAUGAUGAGGACCUGAGAGAGUGUGGCAUUGAUGUAGCAGAAGCAUCAGUGUACUCAGGAUUGUGCACUCAGAUCUUCAGAGAGGAGUUUGGCUUGUAUCAGGGGAAAGUUUACUGCUUUGUUCAUCUGAGUGUUCAGGAACAUCUCGCAGCUCUUUUUGCUCACAUCUCCCUAACACAUAACAACACAAAUGUGUUUAAUGAAGGUCCUGAAGUGACAAAAAAACGAUGUAAAACUGAAAAUCCACGUUGUUUUUCAACAAUUGUGGAUAUAUUUAAUUUACCGGAUUUAAUGUCUGAGUUUCAUCAGAGAGCUGUAGAUGAAGCUUUACAGAGUCAGAAUGGACAUCUGGAUCUUUUCCUGCGUUUUCUUCUGGGUCUCUCACUGGAGUCCAAUCAGAUUCUCUUACAGGAUCUACGGACACACACGAGAAGAUGCUCCUACAAGAAAGAGAAAACUGUUGAGUACAUUAAACAGAAGAUCGGUGAGAAUCUGUCUCCAGAGAAAUCCAUCAAUCUGAUUCACUGUCUGAAUGAACUGGAUGAUGAUUCACUGCUGCAGGAGAUUCAACAUUAUGUGAGAUCUAACACUGUCGGACGCUCCAAACUCUCCUCUUCACAGUGGUCAGCUUUAGUUUUUGUGUUGUUGAUGUCAGAAAAGCAUUUGGAUGAACUUGAUCUGAAAAAAUUUAUUGGAGGUAAAAAUACAGCAGAUGAAGUUCUUGUGAAACUGAAGCCUGUGAUCAAAGAAUCCAGAAAACUUAAGUUGAUUCGGUGCAAAUUCACAGAUGAAGGUUGUGUUGCUCUGACUUCAGCUCUGAGAUCAAACCCCUCACACCUGAAAGAUCUUAAUCUGUUUAACAUUAAUCUGAGAGAUUCAGGAGUGAAGCUGAUCUCUACUGUACUGGAGAAUCCUCACUGUAAACUGGAGAAACUGUGGUUGAGUCUGUGUAAGAUCACAGAUGAAGGUUGUGUUGCUCUGACUUCAUCUCUGAGAUCAAACCCCUCACACAUAAGAGAACUGAAUCUGUCUUAUAAUAAUAUAGGAGAUUCAGGAGUGAAGCUGAUCUCUACUGUACUGGAGAAUCCUCACUGUAAACUGGAGACUCUGAGGUUGAUUCAGUGUAAGAUCACAGAUGAAGGUUGUGUUGCUCUGACUUCAGCUCUGAGAUCAAACCCCUCACACCUGAGACAUCUGGAUCUGUCUGAUAAUAAUGUAGGAGAUUCAGGAGUGAAGCUGAUCUCUACUGUACUGGAGAAUCCUCACUGUAAACUGGAGAUAUUGUGGUUGAUCAAGUGUAAUAUCACAGAUGAAGGUUGUGUUGCUCUGACUUCAGCUCUGAGAUCAAACCCCUCACACCUGAGACAUCUGGAUCUGUCUGGUAAUAAUGUAGGAGAUUCAGGAGUGAAGCUGAUCUCUACUGUACUGGAGAAUCCUCACUGUAAACUGGAGACACUGGAGUUGAGUCAGUGUAAUAUCACAUAUGAAGGUUGUGUUGCUCUGACUUCAGCUCUGAGAUCAAACCCCUCACACCUGAGACAUCUGGAUCUGAGGUGUAAUAAUGUAGGAGAUUCAGGAGAGAAGCUUCUCUGUGAGCUGAGAGAUGAUCCACAUUAUAAACUGAAGACAGUGGUGACUCACUGGUGAUGACAGUAAUGUGUGUGUGUUUAAAGGUGUGUGUGUGUGAUCUUCAGUAUCAUCUGAUGGACAAUAAGAAGACGACACUAUAGUGACAUCACAGACACACAAUCGACACACACUGAAGACACAAUAACACCUCACACUGAUAACACUGUUUGAAAACAAUCAUUCACACAUUCAGUUUCAUAAUUCAGCACUGAGACUAUAACUCGCAAUAUGGAUUAUAUCUUGAAAAAGCUCACGGCUAUGGAAUGGAAAAUUGAUGAUGCUAGAGACCAAAAUGGACAAACAGAGUAGCCGUGGAAUUGGAAUGCGGUUUACUCGCCUCAAGACGAAACAACUGCAAUCUUAUCUUUUCGGCCCCAUGUACCAGGAUUGGCCUUGGCCGAGGCCGAUACUGGAGAAACAACCCUGAAGGGCAAUGUGGCGAGACGCUCUUGCGUUCCCUCCCCCAUCAUACACACACACACAGACUUCUGGACCCUAUCGCUCAUACAGACACACACACAAACACAGACUCUGACCGAUUCCAAAUCUCCUUAGCUUUGACCCGCCAGCUUGGCAAGCGGGUCUGUGUUAAGCGGCGUAAUGGCUGCAGGACCGGAUGGCUGCUUGCCGGAGCUGGAUUAUUUACCCUGUUGCAAGUCUUGUCUACGUGUACUGUGUGCUUGUUUUUCUCCCCACCUUCCUCAUGUUAUGAUGUACUUCCUUCUUGAUA